UAUAAGGUGGUGUGGGGAGGAGACAGAUGUCACGGCCACACUCAGACAUGCCCAUGGUUCACUACAGGUACAACUUUCCAAAUUAUGGCUGGUGAAUUAUGUGGGGAAUAAAAGGUUUCCUGCAUGCCCCAUAGCAUGACUAAUCACCUUAAUUUCUCUCUAUGUUGGCAGAUUUGUCAUCUGUGACAUACAAUAGCAAACCAAAUAAGAGUAACACCAAAAUUUGAGUUGAUGCCUAUAAUAGAAAGCAAUCUUAACUAGCUGUGGGAGCCUUAUGCGCACGCGUGUUUUCUGUCACAGUAGUGGUCUUGUUAACAGGCAUCUUACAGUGCAUCAUAUAGAUCAAAAUAUGACACUGUUCUGUUUGAAUUGUGUUCGAAUUCUGGUAGCCGGAUGAUUUGCUAAUGGAAUACUGAAUGGGGAGAAAAUAGCAUUUACAAUAAACCUUUGGUCUUGGCUUGAUUAGUACUUCUAACCUACUAUACCGAAAGUCUCUCUCUUUUAUAGUCUGCAGUAGGAUUUUUGUACCUAAACUAUAUAUUUUUUUAUACUUGCUAGCAAAUAUUUUUUUUCUAUAUCAGCAGUAUGACACAAUGUUGGUGGAUUCAAGUGCAGACCUUGUGUGCCUGUUUUACCGGUAUAUUUGUUUGUAUUUAACUUGUAAUAAUCUGUUAGAACUUUCUAUUUGGAAUCAACAUGCUUUUUCUUCGCUGGUGGCGUGAUUGCAAUUAAACAUUACAAAGCCAAAUUCUGGGUGUUGUGAUAGAUAUCAAUGUAUGAGCAGCAAAACAUUUAACAAGGGCUGUGGUUUAUUUAACCUAUCAUUUGGUUGUAAACUCUCUUACUUUUCAUGUUGAAUGUAGCAGCUUGCGAUUCUGAAUCCAUCUGCCUUUGAGGCAAUUCUUGAAUCUUUUCUGUGUGUUUUAGCUGAAAUUGCAUAUUAGUAAGAAGGUGAAAAAACUAUCCAGCUAAUGCGUCCAGUUAGUUAAGAAUCAAGUCACACAUUUUAUUUACUUAAACCAUCUGUGCUUGUUUUACCAGUAAUAUAUUCGGUCUGCGCCCUGUGGACUACGCAGAAACUGAAAAGAUGAAGUCUGUGCUAAUGCUACCAAUGAAGAACGAAUCAUAUUCAUUUAGUCAAUGCUCAGAACAAGCAAGCCCAGGCCGCCCUAGAGAAGGACCUGUUGCUCUACUGGGAAGCAGCCUCAAUUCAGAGCAACAAAAAUCACUGAGCAAACUCGCAGCAGUUCUGAAGGCUAGAAAAUGUGUUGAGUUUAACAGCACAGUGACUCACGUCAUUAUCCCUGAUGAUCCAAUGCGAAGUACUAUCAAAGGGAUGCUGGCCAUUCUGGCUGGAUGUUGGGUCCUGAAAUUUGAGUGGGUGAAGGCAUGUUUGCAAAGCAGAAUUCGUGAACAAGAAGAGAAGUAUGAAAUCUGUGGUGGCCCACGAAGAGGCAGACUCAACCAAGAACAGCUGCUGCCUAAGUUGUUUGAUGGUUGCUACUUCUAUUUUUUGGGAACUUUCAACCACCACCAGAAGAGUGACCUCAUAGAGCUGGUUAAAGCAGCAGGAGGACAAAUCCUCGUUAGGCAGCCAAAGCCAGAUAGCGACGUGACACAGACCAUCAACACAGUGGCAUACCAUGCCCAACCUGGUUCUGAUCAGAGUUUCUGCACACAAUACGUUAUCUAUGAUGUGUCUUCUAAGUACAACCCAGAUAAAAUUCGCCAAGGCAAAGUCUGGAUGGCCCCCUCCAGCUGGCUCAUAGACUGUGUGAUGUCAUUUCAGCUGUUACCUGUUACAAAGUGAAUAUCCCGGCAGCAUGAACAAGUUUCUCAAAUGACCUCCGAACCUCUUGAGCAGUUGGAACACACAGCCAGGCAGUCUAGAAUCAAAAGCUAAACCCACUCUUCAUUAUUCACACUUAAAACCACAGUAGAACCUAUUAACGACUGGGAGACUUACUGUGAAUUGCUGAAUUUUGUGAAUAAAUGAACAAGCAAUGAAAAAUAAGGAUAACACAUCAGAAAUGUACUUUAAGUUCCUUUAUUUGACAUAGCUCAUUUUCAGUUGUUCUAUUUCAGCAUACUAAUAUAUGUUCCAUAUAGCAUUUUGUAAUUUAUAAUGAAGUCUUUGUAACACGAGACCUUUAGAACACCCUUGGUUGUUCAAACCUUCCCUUCAGAGUGGAUGAGAUCAUCAUUUCUUGUUUGUGACGUAUAAAUUAACAGCGUCCUACCAUAAGUGUCACAUAGUCAGAUUUCCCUUUAAGGCCAAGAAUUAAAAAAUAGGACCCUAAAGUUAAAUGCCUAAAACCAUACUUCAGCAUCUGCCUAAUUUCACUGAGAUAUGAGGUAGCCGUGUGUUCAGCACUUUUGAAAAUUGGGCAUGUGCAUAAAUACAGAUUUAGGAGUCUAACUUCAGACUUCAAAGUGGUAUUUGCAAAACCACCUAAGUUACUUAGGACAAGUCCCAUUAGACAUUCAAUAGGACUUGUGGUCUUAAGUCACUUAGGCACCUUUGGAAAAUCCCACUCCUAUAUUUAAAAAUCUUGACCUAACCUAUUCUUAAUGUUUCAUUAAGAGUCAUUAUCAAAACUCAUUCCACUUUCAUACCUGUAAAUAUAUAAUUUAAAAAAAUCCUAGCAAACUAGCAUCUCAUUUAAGAUGUGAUUUUUUUUUUAAAACAAAAGUCAGAUUUAGAGUCAGAUUACAACUAUAUUCAGAAUUUUUAUCCAUGUGUACAAAUAGUAAUUGUAUUACACAUACCACUGCUAUCAUAGCCCCUUUAAUGGGAAAACGGCGGCACCCACAAGCAUAGUGCCUUUUAGAAAAUAGAGAGUUUUAUUAAAAAUUUAUCCUGAUUGCAUUUGAGUGAAAUUUGACAUUUUACAUAUUUUGUUCUAAUCACUGAUUUUUAUUGAAUCCUUUAUUGCUUUCAUAAUUGACCACAGUUUAUGUUAAUGUCUAUAAUCUCGCUUUCUUUCAAUGUAUUCGAAUGGCUUGUGAAGCUUUUCAUCCUGUAGGUUGCAUCAGGUAUAAAAUCAUGACUUGGAGCUGUGUGAUUGUAAUGAUUGCUAUGUGAUGAUAAUGAUGGCUGUGUGAUGGGAUUAAGCAUUUGUGUUUGCAUUUUGUAUUGCUUGUAAUAAAACUUAUGGUGCCAGUGACUUUUUAAAAUAAUUUCUUACGUAAGUUUAACUGCAGAAUAAAUAUGAAGCGUGUACAUAA